AACCACAACCUCACUUCUGCGGAUCACAUUUCGGCAAACAUAACCACACUUCGAGACACGCAGCUUUCACACACUUACACAUCGCAAAUUCAUCGGACGUCGGGGCCUGCCUUCGAAACUGUACUGCGAUAAUGCUACCAAUUUCUGUGGUGCAGCAAGGAAAAUGGACGAAUUCAAGCAACAGUUUUUCAGUACAGAGGUCAUCGACGAUCUUCACUCCUUCAGUGCGGUUAAAGGAUUUGACUUUAACUUCAUUCCGCCUCGAGCCCCACAUUUCGGGGGGCUCUGGGAAGCCGCUGUGAAGUCAGCCAAAACCCUUUUACUGAAGAACAUAUCGGAGGCCAAUCUCACAUACGAAGAGCUUGAGACAACGUUUGCUGAAAUAGAGGCAAUUCUCAAUUCCAGGCCAAUUGCCCCUCAAUCAGAUGAUCCUAACGACGGAAUCGCUCUAACGCCAGCUCAUUUUCUGGUUGGUUCAUCACUGUUGGCUGCUCCAGACGAGCGCAUCUUCAAACCACAGUCCACCGCCCAGCUAAGUUAUCUGGAUCGAUGGCAAAGGGUAACGUUUCUCAAGCAGCAGUUCUGGAGUAUGUGGCAGCGGGAUUACAUACACACCCUACAGCGUCGAGGAAAAUGGAAUACUCAACAAGCAAACAUCAAACCGGGCCAACUUGUCAUCAUACAUGAGGAUAACACACCACCACAACAUUGGAUUCUCGCUCGCGUCGUUUCCGCAAUCCCAGGAAAGGACGGGAAGGUUCGAGUUGUGGAUCUACAAACUUCAAAGAACGUGCUGCAACGCCCAAUUCAUAAAAUUGCUCCUCUUCCAAUGGAAUAGUUGAAAGAUCAUAGAUCCUGCAACGGGGGGAGUAUGUUUGGGGAACACCCUGUUCUUUUGGUUUGUGAAUAGACUAAGGUUGAAAUCUGAAGUUAACGUCAUUUUAAGUAAAAAUGUUAGUAUUUAAUAUGAACGCCGCGGUCCAGAGAAAGCUUACUAAGCGAUCUCUUUUUUUGUAAUAACGAUAUCUGGCCACUCUACUCGUGGAAAUAAAUUGGAAACAACGUGAAUUAUUGAAAACGCAA